UCUUGGCGCAGGCGCAGCGGGGAGGGCGGCUCAGUGAGGAGGCGGCGGGGCGGCGGCGCGGACGGUUGUGGUGUUGGCGCGCGCGCGCGCUCAAGAUGAGUGAAUCUCUGGUGGUUUGUGAUGUUGCUGAAGACCUGGUGGAGAAGCUGCGAAAAUUCCGGUUCCGUAAAGAAACCAACAAUGCUGCCAUUAUAAUGAAAAUCGACAAGGAUAAGCAGUUGGUGGUACUGGAUGAGGAGCAUGAGGGUAUUUCUCCAGAUGAGCUAAAAGAUGAGCUGCCUGAGAGACAACCUCGAUUUAUUGUGUACAGUUACAAGUAUCAGCAUGAAGAUGGAAGAGUUUCUUAUCCAUUGUGCUUUAUCUUCUCCAGUCCCGUUGGAUGCAAGCCUGAGCAGCAGAUGAUGUAUGCUGGGAGCAAGAAUAAGCUUGUACAGACAGCUGAACUCACUAAGGUAUUUGAAAUAAGAAAUACAGAAGAUCUAACUGAAGAGUGGCUGCGUGAGAAACUGGGCUUCUUCCAUUAAGAAAACCUCUGUAAUGAGUAUUUAUGUACCAUCCUGAUCAUACUGGAACCAGACAUGAAUACUUACAGCUAAGAAUGCACUGUAUUUACAUCUGUUUCCUGCAGUAUGUCUCUUGUGCAAAGUUUGUGCAAAGAAUAGCAGGUCUGUCUCCUUGAAGUAACAAAUCUUUGCAGAUGUUUCCUUAUGUGUACCUGUUAAAAGGGAAUACUCCUCUGCAGGGAAUCCUUUUGCACUCUUGUGACUAAUAUUUCUACAACUAAAAUAGUUCAGUUCUGAAUUUAUAACUAUACAGGCUUAAUUUGGAAGCUGAUGCUAACUUUCUGAGCUACAAAUGCAUCCUUACAACGUAUACUAGCCAUUUAUAUGCAAAAACUGUGUACUGUCAUUAUUGUCAGAAUUUAUGAUGUCCUCUCAACUUUGAAAACUAUUCCCUAGGAGCAUUUAGUGUUCAACAGACAGAAUCCUUGUACAGCAGAUCUACCCAUUUAUCCCUCUGUGUUAUGUCCAUGUGAACUUCCUCAAAUUCUUGGAACUAAUUCUUGUCAUUCCAGUAAUUCCUCAGCUGACUGAGGCAGUCGUACUAAAUUUCAGGGCAAAGCUUUGACUGUCCAAUUCUCAUGCUGAUGCAGUCUUACAGGGACUAGAAGAUCACUAAGGGCUGAAUUAUGACUCUGGUUCCUCUCACACCAGAUGUCUUGCAUUUGUAACUUACUACACUGUUAAGAAGUUUACCUCUUUGCUCCUUUCCUCUUAUACGAACACCUGUGAAUACUGUGUGCCUUUAAUUUGUUAGCUUUAAAAUGACUUGAGAAUUUUACACUGCCACUUAAUACAAAUUUGGUAAAAAUCUUUGUUAAAGAAUCCAAGUAACAUUCUUCCUAGUGCCUAGUGCUGCAGAUGACAUCUAUAAAACAGAAGCUAACCUCCUUUUCUUAGCAAUUCCAGUCAUCUGCUCUAUUCCUAGGAGUCCAGGAGGUUAAAGCUUUUCAUGGUACUGAUUUAUAUCUUUUUUGUUAUACAAGUUGGCCACACGUAGCUUUUUCACUAUUUUAAUGACAGUCUCUAAUUUUCUUAACUGCUUGUUAGUCAGAAUUACAUUCCAGAUGAAAGCUUUUGCAUACGGGAUUUGAUUUUCAUUUACUUACGGUUCAUCUCUUUGAAACAGUAAAGAUUCUAAUGUGAAAAUAGUAUGUAACUUUUAUAAAUGACCUUUUUACAGAGCCAUUUUAUAUUGAGUAGAAUAGCUGUCUGCUAUGGGACAUCGUGUUCAGCCAACGCAGUGGCAGAAGGAGUGCUCAUGUGACAGUAUCUCACUAUCUUACUCGUGAGUGUUUGUUGUGCUGCUGAGUUAAGUGCAUGUCAGAGCAGCUUCCUGUUGAUAACGUACCUUAAAACACAGCUGCCCUAACAACUCUGCUUGGUGAGGAGGAACGAGUUGUUAAAUUUGGAGGCCAGUAUUUCAUGCUGUGAAACCUUUGCCAAAUGAAGGUCUGUGUUUUUUUUUUGUUUGUAGGUAUAUGUUGUUAGUGUUUUAACACUAAUUCCUUAAAGAUCACAAGGAAUUGAUUUGCAGAGGUCCUCAGUGUUGAUAGAUUUCUUAGUUUGAUGUUACUGCUCAUUUCUCCGUAUAUGGAUCUGACUUGAGAGGAGCUCUUCAAAAUACGUGUUAGAAUGAUUCAAUUAAAUUGAUCUUUCAGUUCUGAAAGGAAAUGCUUGUAAUGAAAAUACAAUUUCUCUGGUGAACUGGAAAACCAAUUUCAUUUCCCUGGACAAAAAAGAUGUUGACUAUAAAACUGUUUGAUCGUUCUAUACUACUACCACCUUUUAUUUUUUAACAAACGUUGUGUAAGUAAGACUUAACUUUAGAAGAAUGAUGUCAGUGAUGGCAUCGGUAUUGAGGCAGGAGAAGUCUUGUUUCCUUGAUGUUGUGCUAGAGGUAAGGCCUGUUAAUGUGCAGUGUGGCUGAAGAAAAUUUGCCACUUGAAAUAUUCCACUUGAUAUUUUUUUUAUUGGGAAAACUGGAUUAAUAGCUUUUCUUACUGUAUUUUGUAUACUGCUGGGCUGCCAACAUCCAACAGCUGCUUGCACAAGGUCUCAACAAAAAUAACUGUAAAAGGAGACUCUCUGGAGGAGAAGGAAGGAGCUGCUGCAGUCAGAUGAGUGAAGCAGGUUCUGCAUCUCUGCAUCACUCCGCCUUCUGCUGAACAGCCUCUGCUACUUAAGAUUAUGUCUGUGUAGUGGAACUCUUCAUUUGGAGUUCUUUACUGUUCACUUUGAGUGUUCUUACUUCUUCCACUUAAGGAUUUCUGCCUUAGAUGCUACCCUUCAAGUCUUGCAGAAAGCAAACUAGUUCUUUUGAGAGGGUUAAAGCCCACGUUCUUGUGGAAGGUGGUAUUGAUGCUGCUCAGCCUGCCAGUAUUAGUCUUGUAACAGCCUUGCUUCGUAGCUGUAGCUCCUUCCCUGCUUUGAGCUGUGGCAAUGAGGAAGCAGCUGCAGGUGCUCGAAGAAAGAGUACACAGAGGAUGUUUGCCAUUCUAGGCUUGUUUGUUGUUUUUCUUGUUUCCAGUGCAGUCUUUUGGCACAAUUAUCUGCCAUGUGCUGUCCUAGGCCCUUGAGAUAUAGGUAAUGCUAAUACUUGGUUAAACAAAGACAUUGAUUAUAUCCAAAUCUGUUCUGCACAAAAGCUUGUUUUCAUUAUUUUUCCCACCUUAUCUAUGUAUAUUCCUUAAUCCUCCCCCUUUAAGAUCAGAGGGAGGUUGGUGUGUCUGUGUUCAGAAGGCCAGUAUAUUCUGACUAUGAUUUGCUGUUACCUGUCACUACGUGCUUGUCCUGUAUUUUCAGAUCUCUAAAGAUGGUUCAAACAAGAUAAAUUAAAUAAUGCAGCCUAUGGGAGCCUUUGUAGCUGAAAGGUCUGAGAGUCAGCAUUUUCCAUUGUAAGCUCCUAUUUUUCAGGAGUUUGUGAGUUGGCCAUAAAACCUUUGGCCAAGAAUUUAAAGUCUUUCAUAAAGAGACUUCUGCCACAGUUUUGCUUUCAGUAUUGACUAGAUGGCUGGGAUACAGCUCUUGUAAUCCUGCUCAUUGAUGGUAAACUGAAUUAAAGCAUGAAUUUGCAUGGCAACCCAUAAAAUGGACUUAUAAUGUUCAAAUAUUUUUUAACUGUAAAUGCUGAUAUUUGAUGGUUCAAGUGUGUUUCUAGAAUCAUGAAUGCUGUUUUGAGCUUUCAGAGGAGGCAAUAAUGAUGAUGUUGACACCUUUCCACUUCUCCAAAGGAGCAUCUUAUGUAUUUGUACCGAGAUUCCAUUUUUGUAUCUUUAACUGUUAAAUAAAUAGUCCAGAAAUAAUGUUAAGCAAGCAAAGGGGAUCUGAGUCAAACAUGCAAAAGCAAGGGAUGCUGACAACUCCUCAUGUCACUGUGCUUGAAAGAACUUUUGAAGUCACACUUUCUGAUACAUGCAACUGGUAACUAAGAAAUGGAGCUGUGAUGUGACGUGAGAAUUCAGGCUCUUUGCUUUUGCUCCAUGACCCAGACUUGAUGUGACUCGUGCACUGUGAUCUGUCCAGGUUGGCAGCAGUGCUGCAGGUGGCAAAAAGGUGGGAGGGAUUCAUGGCCAGUCUUGGAACUCAGCAGUUCCAUGAACAUACCAGUAACCAGUUACAACUUCCAUAUGCUGUUUAGUCUCUGCUAGUUCACAUUGCAUGUUCACUUUAAACCAAAUCUUUUUUGCUAAGCAUGGUGCUUGUAUUGGUAUAAAUAAAAUGUUUAAUUAAGA